AAGCCUGUCCGGAACGUACCAUAUAUAUCACAGCUUAUUGCAAGCAUGGUAAUGAUGGCAACCAUAGUCACCGGCUCGCAAUUGCCUGGACAUUGUCAUUGGCAUUACAGACGAAUGCCUGCAACUUCAUCGACAACAAAAAAUUGUUUCUCAAGGGUCGGUGCACGUCUUUUGAAAAUCCCAACUGCUGAGCACGACUUCCCUUUUAAGCCGUCUCUUGGGGGUGGGCAUAUGCUCAAUAAUAGAAGACUUCAUGUUACGUCUCCGGAUGUAUCGUCCCCAGGUCUCAAAGUGGAAAUUCUUGACGCAUUGGAUGAUGAAUAUGGUGGAUGUGUUAUUGAUCCUAACAGCUUACCCUCUAGUGCUAAUGCUUUCGCAACUUCACUUCGCUUUUCUUUGUCCAAUUGGAAGUUGAUGGGGAAGAAGGGGAUUUGGCUGAAGAUACUAUCGGAGCAAGCUGACCUUAUUCCGAUCGCAAUACAGGAGGGUUUCAGCUACCACCAUGCAGAACCAGGCUAUAUUAUGCUAACUUAUUGGAUUCCUGUCGGCCCUUGCUUGCUCCCUGGUAGCCCUUCUCAUCAUAUUGGCGUAGGAGGAUUUGUGAUCAAUGACAAAAGAGAGAUUCUUGCUGUGAAAGAAAAAUGUUCCUGUAGUUGCUCUGGAUUUUGGAAGAUGCCUACAGGAUAUAUUAACAAGUCUGAAGAUCUAUUCUCAGGAGCCAUAAGAGAAGUGAAAGAAGAAACUGGUUCGCCUUUUGCUCAGGUUGACACAAUUUUCCUAAAGCUGGUUGCUUUCAGACAUGCUCACCUGGUGGCGUUUGAGAAAUCAGAUUUACUCUUCAUGUGCUUGCUCAAACCACUAUCUGAUGAGAUCACGAUCGAUGAGAAUGAAAUUGAAGACGCCAAGUGGAUGGGGCUCGAUGAAUUUAUGAAGCAGCCAUUUUAUCAAGCGGACCAUAUGUCGAGAAGGGCAAUUCAAGCUUGUGUUGCAGCUUAUGAAGAUCAUUAUAGUGGGUUCACUGCACACCAGCUGACCUCAAAACUCGAUGGCAAAUUAUCUUACUUAUAUUACGAUAACUCCAGCAGCUUUUAAGAUUUGAGAAUGUGAUCAAUGCCUGCCUUUAUCGGAAUCUUUUUCUACUGUUGAAGGUUGAAGACUCUGCUCCAUUUAUAUGAGUUUAGACCAUUUAUAAAAUAAGGUCAUAUUAAUUAUUUGAAAA